AGGAAGUACAGUAUUUGGGAAAAAUUCACUAUAUGUAUUAAAGUAGUCAAAAGUUGUGCCCAAUAGAAAUGCAUGUUUAAUAAUGUAUUGGUUCACUUUGAUUUUAAAUAAGAAUGGAAUAUGUUUCUGAACACUUAUAUAUUAAUGUGGAUGCUACCAUGAUUAUAGAUAAUGAUGAAUGAAUCGUGAACACUGAUGAGUGAGAAAGUUUACAGAUGCACAAAUAUCAUACCCCCAAGACAUGCUAAUCACUCACCACUACAAUAACAGCUUACGUGUCUUUUUGCAGAGUAAGACUUUUUGUGGAAGGUACUAAGCUGCGUACAGACCCCCCGCUAUCAGGAAUUAAGAGUUCUCCACGUGGCCACCCUGUCCUGUAACCAAUGGCAACAUCGGUCCAGACCCUUCCUCUGAGCCGUGACCCCAGCAAGACAUUCCGUGACCCCUACUCAACCCCUACCCGGCCCACAGCCCUACUGGCCCGGUGCAGUAUGGGUAGUGUAGGCAGCCUAGUGGAGCGCCCGGACGCGUCCCCAGCUAAAGGCAGCCGGGCCGUGCCCCAGGUGGGACCCAGACAGACCAACAGGUUAUUAAAGAAAGGCUUCAACCAGAGAGAGCUGCUCAACUACCUCAACAUCACCAGGAAAGAGGCCAAAGCGGGUAGCGGCCCAGGCAGCAGUAGGAAGGACAUCUUCUCCAGCAUGCAGUCCAUGAAGAGAGAGCAUGGACAUGAGGAGGAACACAUCAAGCUCUACUACAAAGACGGAACUGAGGUGGACGUGUCAAAGAACUCCCUGCCAAUUGGAGGGAAAUAUGAGAAGUCUCGUCUCAGGCCGUCUGCCUUCAAGCCCGUCACACCCAAGAACUUCAGUUCCAUGCAGAACCUCUACCCUGCCAAGAUGGAGGACUCAGACCAGGGCCUGACCAACGGGCUCCACCGGGCCUACGCACACACACCUAGAGCUGUCUCCACCUCCUCUUCCUCCUCCUCACCCUCCCGCCACGGGGGACCCACCUCCAGCGGAACCAAGGCGGUGGCGUCAGUGCGUGGUCUGAGUCAGGAGGAUGAGAACCUGUCAGACUCUGGUCAUAACUCCAUGAACAGUCUUCCUCCAUACAGACCUCCCUUCAGACCACAGCUGGCUCACAUCAGUGCCUCCAUGGGCCACAUCAACUCCAUUGGCUCUCUGGACCGAGCAUCAAAGGUUGUGGGGUCGUCGGGGGUCGCCAUGGUGGAUAUGGCCAUGUCAUGUCAUAGCAUGGCAACGCUCAGCCGCCUGGCGCCAUACGGAGGGGAGGCUCCGCCCCCUUAUGAACUGUCACUCUCUGUAGAGGAGGUGGUGCGUGAUCUGGAGGAGAGGCUGGUGGAAAAGGAACAUGAGCUGAAACAGAUGAGGAGGAACCUGGAUGAGAGUGAAGGAGCCAUUGCGCAGGUGUUUGAAGGUAAACAGCGUCUGUGGGAGAAGGAGUUGGAGGAGUUGAAGCAUCUGUACACCGCCAAGCUGCGUCAGGUUUCCCAGCAUGCUCAGCAUUCAGACCGUGCACUGCAGCUGCAGCUGUACAAGGCCCAGCAGGAGAAGAACAGACUGCAGGAUGAACUGGAUGCUCUGACGGGGGGGAGACAGAGAGAGGGUCAGGGGAGUCUGAAGGGAACCAGCCCUACUCUGGAGGAGACUCAGUGGCAGGUGUGUCAGAAGUCGGGUGAGAUCUCGUUGUUGAAGCAACAGCUGCGUGAUUCCCAGGCGGAGGUGACCAGCAAGCUGUCAGAGCUGUUCCAGCUGAAGACCCAGCUGAGAGAGACCAGAGGAGAGCUGCAGAGCCGUGAUGGACAGAUAGACACGCUGCAGACAGCCCUACACGGUGCGCAACCACGACGACAGGGGAAAGGGGGAGUGGAGGAGAGUGGGACACUAGGGUCUCGAGGAUCAGGAGGGGCAUCAGGCUCUACAGAGGAGCGUCUGCGAGCAGAGCUGUUGUUAGAGCGUUGUCAGAGCGAGGCCCAGGCUACGGCCUUCGAGCAGGAGAGACAGACGUGGCAGACAGAGAAGGAGAAAGUCAUCUGCUACCAGAGAGAGCUGCAGGCCAGCUACCUGGAUAUGUACCACCACAACCAACUACUGGAGAGAGAACUAUACCUGCUCAGAGGAGAAGGAGGAACGCUGGAGAGGGAACUGCAAGAUGUGAGGGGAGGAAGAGGAGGAGAGAUGGGAGAUUACAGUAACGAGUCACUGGAAAGGGAAGUGCAGGAGGUUAGGAGAGGAAGAGGAGGAGGAGAGAGAGAAAGAGGAGAGGAAGACAGUAAACCUCCCCCUGGUCUUCCCUGGAUAGAGAGGAUAGAGUCGUCUGAGAUUUGACUGAGUGGACACUAGAAAGGGGGGGGCAUUCCAAACCAAUCACUCGCCCCCUCUUCCUAUCUCCUUGAUGAAGACUCAGGCUUCUUACAGACUUGAAAAGACAGUGGAGGUCCCAAUUCCAAAACAACUCUGCACUCCUACACUCCUUGACCUGUAUGAACUAGACUGAAUAGUGUGCAUGUAUAAUCAGCAAUACAAUGAUACACCCUCUCUGGUACUGUUUAUUGGAGGUUCCACUUCCUGUUUCAAUCCUGCAAUCAAUGAUAACUUCCUGUUUCAGUCCACAAAUCAAUGACAGCGUAUUAGAGUCGAGAACACUGUACAUUCGAUCAAGCACGACCCUGACCAAACCUCACUUUAGAGGGCUGCUUGUAUGUACAAAUGAUAAUAAUAAUAAUAGCCUAUUUGUAAAUGUUACUUAAUCUAAUUUAGUUCUGUGUGUAUGUAAUCAACCAGUGUGUUCCUCACAGCCGUUCUGUGGGCUCGUUGAAGUUCAGACACUGACUGGGGUAAAGUAAGGGUAGGCUGUGUCUCAAAUAGUACCCUGUAUAGUACACUACUUUUGACCAGGGUUCUGUAGUAGUAGUGCACUAUAUAUGGAAUAGGGUGCAGUUUCAGAUGCACCCUAGGACAUUGUUCAAAAGGAUCUAAAGGGAUGUAGGUUUUGUCCCGGUGAGGUGAGGUGUGGUGAGGUCUGGUGAAGUGAGGUGUGGUGUGGUGAGGUCUGGUGUGGAGAGGUGAGGUGUGGUGAGGUGAGGUGAGGUGUGGUGAGACAUUAUACGUUGUCUUCAUUCAGGGAGUGUCCAGGGAGUAGAAAGCUGUACCCCUGAUUUAAGUAGGGUUACUAGACCAUCACACGCCAAUACAUGGAUGCUAUUACUCUGCCAUUAACAAGGCUAUUUUAGUUAUGAGGAUGACCAGUUCCUUUUGGGGGUAAAAUGACCCUUUCAGAAAACUGUAAUACUGUAACAAUACUGUAUUGAGAACGGUUUAUAGAAUUUAUUGUUAUUUUCAUGUGAAUCUAUUUUCUGUCCCCAAAUUACUAUUUUGGAAUCUGUAUAUAGUUGUAAUUUGGAUAUACUAAUGCUGCAGAAGCAUGUACUGUUUGAGUAAAGGACACUUUGAAUGAAUAGCCAAAAUACAGCCUAAUAUUAAAGCUCUGGCUAUUAUUCUGCAUCCCAUUGGACUAAUUACUGAUCAUUCACUUGUACCUGUCGUUGCUGUCGGAGGAAAACCUCCUCUCCUAAACAGAAACGUUUAAUUAAAUGGACAUAUUUUCCCAUUAACAAACAUACUUUUAUUUUAUUUUUUAUUUUUUAUUUCACCUUUAUUUAACCAGGUAGGCUAGUUGAGAACAAGUUCUCAUUUACAAUUGCGACCUGGCCAAGAUAAAGCAUAGCAGUGUGAGCAGACAACAAAGAGUUACACACAUACAAUUACAAAACUAUAGAAGCUGUUUUGAAUACAGUUUCUUGGCCCUACAGUCAUUAAGAUAUUCAGAGACGACGUUGUGGGAAGUUACUGCUUUCAAUACAGUCCUAAGUUUGGACACAUCUACUCAUUUAAGGGUUUUUCUUAAUUUUUUACUAUUUUCUGUGUUGUAGAAUAAUAGUGAAGACAUCAAAAC